AUGUCCAAACUCACGUCAUUGUUUUUCAUCUUUGUGACCAUUGCCAUUGCUGUUUAUUUGGCACCUCGUUCACUCUUCUUCAAGGACAGAUUCGAAAAGUUUCGAUCUACUGAAUAUGUGAAGAAAUUUAGAGAAUUUGAUUUCAUCAUUGUUGGAGCUGGAACUGCUGGAAGUGUUCUCGGACAUCGAUUGUCUCAACAUGCCAAUAAUUACUCCGUGCUGAUUCUCGAAGCAGGAUCAUCCAAUAAUUAUCCUCUCGCCAUUCACUUUCCAUUAGGUUUUGGUAAAUUAACCAUGAACAACACAUUGGAUUGGGCCUACGAAACUACUCCCAAUCCUCAACUUAGAAAUCGAACCAUUUACAUGCCUCGAGGACGUGUUGUUGGAGGUUGUUCGAGUGUGAAUGCCAAUCUCUAUAUUCGUGGUCAUCCAUUAGAUUAUGAAGAAUGGAAUGCAUUGCUGAGAGAAGUCAACAAUUCAACAACAACAGCAUUGAAUGAAAAGUUGACCAUGGAUUGGUCUUACAGUGACAUGUUGAACUAUUUCAAAAAGAAUGAAAAAAUCCUUUCUGAGAAUGCAAAUAUGAAAUAUCACGGAAAAGAGGGUCGAUUGAAAGUGAGACGAUUGAAACCAUUGAUGGAUCAGGCACGUCAACAGUUAGGUUUUGAUUUAAAUCAUGUCGUGAUGGAAUCAUUGAGUCAAUCCAUGAAUAUUCCACAUCGAGAGGACCCUAAUGCACUCACUCCUGAAGAAGAACAAUUAUUGGAAAAAGGUGAAGGACACAAAAUUUUGGAAAGCAUUUCCUUUCAUCAUCAAACCAUUGAUGAGAAUGGAAGAAGACAUUCCAUGGCUGAGGCCUAUUUAGACGAAGAGACUCUUCAGAGAGGAAAUAUUCAUGUGAGAACGAAUAGUUUGGUGAGAAGAAUUUUGUUUGAAGAGAAAGAAUUGAUAGGACAAAAGAAAGCAAUUGGAGUGGAAUAUUUGAAUGAAUUGACAGGUGAAGUGGUGAGUGUGAGAGCGAGACGUGAAGUCAUUGUAAGUGCUGGAGCAAUUGGAUCUCCUCAGUUAUUGACCGUUUCUGGAAUUGCUGACAAGUAUCUCUUGCAAAAAUUGGACAUUCCUCUCGUGAGUCACAUUCCAGGAGUAGGUCAAAACUUGCAAGAUCACAAUCUCGGUGCAGUGAUUGCCAAACUCAAAAAAGGUGUCAAAUCUCUCCAUUCCUAUGAAAGUAUUCUCAAUUUAUUGCAAUACUUUGCAGGAUCUUCUUUUGAAUUUUUGAAAUCAGAAUGGGCUCAAAAACUCUUCCCUAAUGCAGUUCCUGAAAGUUGGAAACUUUUCACAGUGGCUGCUCCUCACAUUCAAGGUUUUUUCCGAUCGAGUUAUGCCAAACAAAAUAAUGAACCGUUUGAUUUGCAAAUUGUGGCCGUUCCUGGAUUCUUUGUUCAUCACUCCUCCAUCGAGUACCCUGGAGAGGAUGGUGUGAGUGUGGGAAUAGUCGGAUUGAAACCUAAGGCUCGUGGUCAUGUCGAAGUGAUCUCUAAGGACAUUAAGGUUCCUCCACUAAUUCAUGGAAAUUAUUUGGGACAUGAACAUGAUGUCAAUGUGUUGGUGGAGGGUGUUCGUGAAUUGCAAAAAGCAUUCAAAACUGAACCUUUGAAUCAAUUGAUUGAGAGCUACAUUUUCUGUGAUCCAGAUGAAUUCAAAACUCCACAACAAGUGAGGGAAUGUAUCACCAAUAUGUACACAACUUUGUAUCAUCCCACUUCGACAUGCAAGAUGGGAAGAAGUGAUGAUCCACAAGCAGUGGUCGAUGCUCGUCUCAGAGUGCGUGGUGUAAGUGGAUUGCGAGUGGUCGAUGCCAGUGUCAUGCCAAGUGUGGUGAGAGGAAAUACCAAUGCACCAGUGGCUGCCAUUGCUGAAAAGGCAGCUGAUAUGAUUUUAGCGGAUCAAAGAAGAACCUAA